ACGGAGGCCGCCGCGGGACCUCCGUUGCGGUUGCUGAGGCCUCGGGAUGGCCUUCGGGAGAAGCGGGAGCUUGAAGGAGCGCGGCGCGGAUUUAGUCAUGGAUGAAUCUGAAGAGAAGCCUUUUGAAGAAGACACAGUAUAAAACGCUACAUCUCACGAGGAAGCCAGCUCGUUUUGGAUAGCUCUGCAGACCAAGUCAGAAGAAACUGUCCCUGAGCAGGCGCAGCAGCAGCAUUCCUUAGAGUCGGAAGGUGCUGAGUCUGCUCUUUGGUUACAGUGGGGGUGCCUGAGGUCACCUCUUUCUGAAGAGAUUAGGAACAGCUAGUAGGAUCCCUCUCCCAUCCCAAGACAUCAGGAACCUUCCAAGGCCCUUGCUGCUAUGUACUCCCUGGUCUUCCUCUGUGCGCAGAAGGUCGUCUCCCACUACGCCACCCUGCAAGAUGCCCUGGAUUUCCUCCCCAAGGAGCUCUAUCCCGUCCUGUUCAAGGCAGCCUUCAUGGACAAGAGAACUCCAUCACUCCAGCAACUAGUUCAGACCUGGCCGUUCCCAGUCCUCAGUUUUCAGAAACUCUUGCGGAAAUGUCAGCAUUGUGAACGGGCCCUGAUCCGGGAGAAACCAAACAAGUUGUGCAUUCAGGCCAUUAUUUUGGGGGUAGUGACAUAUCUCAUCAAGAUGCUGGAGGAUCGAACUUGUACUAAGAGCAAGGGGCAGUGCUUGCAGGUCCUCGACAUGACGGGCCUCCAGGACGAAGGGCAGGGCCCAGAGAGCAUGAGCCUGUGGUCCAGGACGGUCACACUGGCCAAGGCUUGCCUGGACGUCUCCAAGCAGCAAAGCAAGUGCCUGAGGCGGUCCUCCAAGAGGAGGAAGGGCCCAUACAGCAGCUCAGUGGCCUUGCCGGCCCCUCGGCCCGUUUCGGUGGACGUUUGGGUGGACCUUUUUGUGAACAGCACCUCCUACGUGGUCCUGAAGGAUGCCCUGCAGAUCAACAGCAGCAACGCCCUGCGGCUGCGGUGUCGGGACUUCCGGGCAGAGGAGCUUUCCAUCGCCAGCACCGUGGGGCUCUUGGAGUUCCUGGACCCGGCUGGGGUCCGGCAGGUGGACCUGAGAUUCAACAACCUUGGGCUCUCCGGCCUGAGGGUGGUCCUCCCCCACUUGACUAAGUUCACCAACCUGGCAAGCCUGAAGCUGCCCUACAGCAACAUCGAUGUCCGGCGCCUGACGGUAGGCAUGGAAGGCAACCUGCAGUACUUUGCCACCCAGCUCAGCCGUCUCACCCGCCUCAAGGAGCUGAACCUGGGCUCCUCCAGGCUUUCGGGCAAGCUGCGACAACUCCUGGGGGACUUGCAAAGCCCCUUGGAGAGCCUGGAGCUGGCCUUUUGCUACCUGCUGCCCAAUGAUUUUGCCUACCUUUCCCAAAGCCUCCACACCUCAGCCCUGAAGAAGCUAGACCUCAGUGGGAACAACCUGUCCGACAGCCUUCUCCAGCCUUUCCAGGGUCUGCUGACCGAGGCUGCCUCAACCUUGCUCCACCUGGACAUCAUGGAGUGCCGCCUGAUGGACACCCACCUGAACCUGCUCCUCCCCGCCCUCUGCUGUUGCGCCCGGCUUCGCUACCUGGGGGUGUUUGGCAACCCCAUCUCAACCAAGGGAGUGAAGAACCUGCUCCAUAAGACGGUGGGCCUCCUGGACCUGCAGCUCGUCAUCUACCCCUACCCCGUGGACUGCUACGGAGACGACUUGCCCUGGCCCCCCACCUCUUCUAACCUGCUCAACGGCUCGGUGGACGAGGAGAAGUUCUCCCGGGUCAGCAAUGAACUCCAGCAGAUGCUGCUGAGCGCCAACCGGGGAGACGCCAUCUGGACCACAAACCUUUGCCGCCACAACAGCUUUGACUAUUUCAGUUUAUAGCCCUGCUGGGGUCAGUACUUUUCUGCCCAUGAAUGUGGAAUAGGCCCCCCUUCUUUUUCCUCUCUCGUCAGCGAUCUGAGCCAGCCUGGCAGUCACUGUGCAUCUAAGCCAGAAGCUGGGCCUGGGGAAGCCCUGCAGGCGGUCCCUUAAGAGCCCGUGGGUGCUUUCCUUGGGCAUGAAAGAAUAGCCUCCCCUGGAGACCAUUGCCCAAAGCACUCUCUGCCAACUGCGCCGGGCCCUAAAGGCGCAGGGGCACAGGAGCCGCACUGCGGUGAUGGGAAGUGGGAGGAUGGGGAAGCGCAGCUGGGGGAGAGGGCAUUGUUGGCCUCUUCCCAUCCCUGCCGAAGGUGGGCGCGAGCACCCAAGGCCAGGUCCAAGCCCUCUUUUUCUUUUUGAUUGAAGACCGUUUCCAGUGCAUGUAGCAAUAGCUGGGGAGGGGGGUCUGUUUCUGGUUGUUGUUGUUGUUUUUUUACUUCUAUUUUGUAACAUCAGAGUGUAGCAUUGUGUUGCUGUGGGGGCUGAUAUGGGAGGGUGCAGUUGGGUGCUUUUCACCUGUGUUGUUUGCCCUCUCUCACUGAUGGACAGGAUGGGAGCAGGCAGGUUGUGGAUCCUGAAUUUAGAGGGAAACCUCAUUUUAUUAAGGGUGGGGGGUGGGGGAGAUUAUGCAGUGGACUUUUAUCUUGAAAUAAAAGAUGAUGCCUAUCAGAGCAAA